GAAAAAGAAGCAAUUACAUAGAGUCAUUCCAGUCAAAUUCCAAAAAAAUAAAAUAAAUAAAUAACAAAAAAAUAAAAAUAAUUACAAAUAAUUCACUGGAUUUUCACCCUCGUAGCGUUCAGUAAAGCCAAAGUACAUGACAUUAUAGCGUCAGACUCAGAGAUACAGAAGAACCCUAGCACUCCGCUCUCUCGCACACUGCGACAUUUACGGUUGCGACGAUCAAUGCUCAAGCCCUUCUUCUGUGUCGUCGCAUUUCUCUUUUGCUUCUCGUCUUUGCAACCAAUCGAUCGACGAAUCAAAGCUUUUGCUGUUCUGUGUAGAUUCAGCUUUGGCAGUACAGGUUGGAGAAAGAGAUGAAGUGAAGUGGAUUUUGAAGUGACUUACCCCAAAAAAGUGUGAAAAAGUGGGCUCAUCAGAAGAUCAACAAAGUGAAGUGGAUUAUGAUUUUUAUACCUAAUUUAUAAGUGAAGCAUGAAGGGGAUGAAUUUUCCAAAGCGCCAUGUAAUUGUCAUUCUAACCUUUAUCUGCACAUGUGUUUGCUAUAUUGAACGAGUUGGGUUCUCGAUAGGGUAUACUGUUGCUGCUGAUGCUGCUGGGGUAAAUCAGUCAAGCAAAGGCACUAUACUUUCAACAUUUUAUUAUGGAUAUGCCUGUUCACAGGUGCCUGGAGGAUGGGCUGCUCAGAAAAUAGGGGGGAGGCGUAUUCUCCUCUUCUCAUUUGUGUUAUGGUCUCUAACUUGUGCUUUAGUACCACUAGACCCAAACAAAGUCAUGACUUUGGUAUUAGCUCGCUUGCUUGUUGGAGUGGCACAAGGGUUCAUCUUCCCCUCCAUACACACUGUCCUAGCACAGUGGGUCCCACCGCAUGAAAGGUCAAGAUCUGUUUCUCUUACGACUUCUGGAAUGUAUUUAGGUGCAGCUGCAGGUAUGCUUUUGCUACCGAGCCUGGUGAAGUUCAGGGGUCCCCAAUCUGUAUUUCUCGCAGAAGCGGCUUUAGGUGUCAUGUGGUCUAUUCUUUGGUUCAAAUAUGCCAGUGACCCACCCCGUUCUGAGCAUCCAAAAGCAACUGCUGCUGGCUUUGGGGAAUCUUUGUUGCCAACCAAGGGGAGUCAGAAGAAGGUAAAGGGGGAGAAUGGCGGACACUUCUCUAAUACAUCCCAAAUUCCAUGGAAGAGAAUUAUUCUCAGCUUGCCAGUUUGGGCAAUUGUGGUGAAUAAUUUCACUUUUCAUUAUGCCUUGUACGUGCUCAUGAAUUGGCUGCCUACAUACUUUGAACAGUCUCUCCAACUUAGUCUCCAGGAAAUGGGUUCUUCUAAGAUGAUACCUUAUCUCAACAUGUUCAUAUUUUCAAAUAUUGGUGGGGUGGUUGCGGAUCACUUGAUCACCAGGAGAAUCUUAUCUGUAACUAACACCAGAAAGUUCUUGAACACUGUUGGAUUCAUAGUGGCUUCUUUUGCGUUGAUGGCAAUUCCCCACUUCAGGACGCCUGGUGGAACUGUAUUUUGUUCUUCUGUGGCCCUUGGUUUCUUGGCACUAGGGAGAGCUGGGUUUGCUGUGAAUCACAUGGAUGUCGCUCCUAGGUAUGCUGGAAUUGUCAUGGGAGUAUCUAAUACAGCUGGUACAUUAGCUGGCAUUAUUGGGGUCGACCUUACUGGCAAGAUUCUUGAAGCUGCUAAAACUGCUAAUUCAGAUAUUACAAGUCCAGAAAGCUGGAGACCUGUGUUUUUCACACCAGGCUUGCUCUGUAUUUUCAGCUCUUUUGUGUUCUUACUAUUUGCAACUGGGGAGAGGAUUUUUGACUAGGUCAGCGUGUUGUGCAUGUGCCACGGCUUAUCAAUUCUCUGACUCAUGGACAAUUCCAACAGGACUAUAUUUUCAGGUUUUAGACGGAGAAAGAUAUUUCAAAAGUAGUUGCUUGAUUGUUGUUACGUACUGACCAAAUAUCGCUGCUCAUUCAUUUAGAUAUUUAUACUAUGAGUCAGGUUUUUGUUCUGACACAUGACCGAUUGUAUCCUCCUCUGACUGACUUUACAGAAAUUCUUGGGUACCAAGGGCAUAGCUGUGAGCCUUGUCGGAAAUGUUAAUGUAAACUGUGAGUUCCUAUGGCGUUUUUAAGAUGGUACAGGAAAUUUAUCCCAUUGCUUUCCCAGAUGUAGAAAUGUACUUUUUCGAUAUCAUGGAACGUUUGAUUUUAAAUACUUUCUUAAACCAUGAGAUGUUGAUUUGUAACAUCCGGAGGAAUUUAUGGAUUAUGUAUUCUUAAAUUAUGACGAUUUUUGUGUUAUGAGUA